AUGAGUCGGAGUCAACGAGUAGCAGGCAUGCUGAACGAGGCAGUGGCAUUGGAGCAUAAGGCGUGGUACUACUACACUCUUGUUGCUGGAAUGAUGGAUAGAAGUGCGUAUCCAAAUCUGUCAGUCUGGUUCAGGAAGGAGGCCCUUGAUGAACUGGAACACGCCCAGAUUGUGAUAUCGUUCAUAAACAGGCUGAAUACGCCACUCAGGUUCCCUGAUAUUGGGAGACCUGUUUUGGAUGAAUCAGAUCAGUUGGUGAUUGACGCAUUCAGAAAGGCAGUUGAGUUUGAGCAGAUUGUGCUAGGCCACUACUCGAAGAUGGCUGCUGUUGCUGAUGAGGAGGGUGAUUUGGUUGUUGCUGAAUUCUGUGAUCAGUUUCUACGGUUGCAGAUCAAGGAAGUGAAAUCAUUCAGGGAUCACCUGAGAAAUGCAGAGAGGUGCAAGAGGGAGGCAGACACGUUCGUAUUUGAUCAGUCAUUUGGUAAGUGA